GCUCGUGAUAUUUUUGCUUGGCUCUCUGUCCAGCACGAUACUCUUCCGCCGCCUCAGAUCCGCAAACGCAAACGCACUCAGGGUCUCCAGACUCCGCCGCCAGACAGCACCAGCUCCAUUGGCACGAUGGAUACGCCAGCAAAACGCGCUGCCACGCAUAUCGACGAAGAUCAGGAGACUCCACGGGCUUCACGAUCAUAUCCGGCAGGAGGAUCGUUACCCUCGACAUCCUCAAGAACGAGCCAACGCAGUCGCGUGUCUCCGUCCAAAAGAAGGAGGGAGGUGGAAUCCAUGGAGAGGUUGUCCUUACGCACCAGUAAAGGAAGACGCAUCAUUUCUUGGUCCCGGCGUAAGGAGAUUCCCUGUACAGAGGACAGCAUCGAAGAUUGGCAUUUCCUUCCUUGCGAUUCAGAAGAAGCCGAGUCCCCAUCCUUUAAAGAUGUCUGUAAGAUUCAAAAAAGGGCUGGUAAAUAUGCCGAAGCGUCUUAUGACGAAGCGGCUUGGACCGCGGGGGUUGUUUUCCCCCUGGUUGAAUUAGCGAUACCCGAUGACGAACAGCUAGUUCGGGUGCCUUGUACGUCGGCGAGAGUUGUUGAUAGGGAUUUGCUGCCUCCAGCCUACGCCUGCAGCAAGAUGGUUGACGUUUGCCUUGCGAUCGACCCAUCGUGGACCCUACAAAGCAACGAAGUUACCUCCCCUUCCACUGCCACAACAACCUCAGGCGUCGACUCCAACAUCGAUAACGGAGCAAGAGUAGCAGAUUCCCUACGCAUGAUACAAAGGCAUCAGCCUUUCAAGACUGUUAACCACACGGACUACCAACCUUUAUCAGAAUACCACAUCGCGCUGAGUAUCGAAAUCAAGCGUCCGAGCGGCGAUAGCGAAGAGGCCCAAAGGCAGCUGGCUGUUUGGCAAUACGCACAUUGGAACAUGCUGCAGCUCUUGGCCUCAACCAAGAUUGACGGUCAUCUCUCAACGUUGGAAGGACUAUCCUUUCUUCCAGGUAUUUACAUUGUCGGACACAAGUGGGAAUUUUCGGCAACAAUUCGCAAUAAUACUGGGGAAGUGGUUCAGUGGAUAGACUGCCCUCUGGGCAGCACAGAAACUGCUCACGGCAUUUAUGCCAUUAUUUGGGGGCUGCGUCGCAUCGCCCAGUACCUUACCCAGUUAAUGACGAAGUUGAUCAUCAGCUUCGUUUACAAGCAUUGCGAAUUAAAGAGUUCAUGCCGCAAGCCCAUCGAUACAACCUCCGACGCGUCACCACCGACGCGCCACAAGCUAUGCCCCCAGAUCCUCAAUCAGUUCGAUCGUGUUUCGUCCGUGCACGAGGCCCACCCGGCCAAUCACGCCGCUCGCCUCAAUCUAUUCGACUUGGAGAAUUCGAUUGAAAGCGAUGAAGAACUUAUGUUCGAGGUUUGA